AUGUUUCUAAAUGGAAGGUUUUACUUGCAGUGGGUUGAGGAGCCAACAUUGCUUGUGACACGCUUUGAGUAUGCAAACCUUUUUCACACUAUUACUGAUUGGUACAGUGCAUAUGUAUCUUCAAGAGUUACUGGAUUGCCUAGUCGACCUAAUGUAGUUUUCGUGGAUGGCCACUGUAAGGCACCGAUGGAAGAGACAUGGAAGGCAUUGUUUUCUAGCCUUCAAUAUUCUAAAAAUUUUAGCGGUCCAGUUUGUUUUCACCAUGCUAUUCUCUCACCCUUGGGUUAUGAGACUGCGCUAUUUAAGGGGCUGUCUGAAAAAAUAAAUUGUGAUGGAGCAUCUGCACAUGAUCUGCGGCAAAACCCUGAUGACCGGAGAACUGCUCGAUUAUCUGAAUUUGGGGAAAUGAUUAGGGCUGCAUUUGGAUUUUCCUUAAAUAGAAACCAUGUUGAAAAGCCAGUUUCAGGUUAUAAUGUCCUCUUUGUUCGGCGUGAAGAUUAUUUAGCUCAUCCUCGUCAUGGUGGUAAAGUUGAAUCGAGGCUUAGCAAUGAACAAGAAGUGUUUGAUUCUAUAAAUAAUUGGGCAUCUAAUCAUGGGUGCAAAGUAAACCUUGUCAAUGGAUUGUUUGCACACAUGCCCAUGAAGGAGCAAGUCCAAGCCAUUCAAGAUGCUUCAGUUAUUAUUGGCGCUCAUGGUGCAGGUCUAACUCACAUAGUAUCUGCGUUGCCAAAAACUGUUGUCCUGAAGAUUAUUAGUAGCCACUACAGACGGCCACAUUUCGCCUUGAUAGCCCGGUGGAAAGGGUUGGAAUAUCAUGCAAUUAAUCUUCUCGGAUCAUAUGCCAAUCCUGAAAUUGUUAUCGACAAGCUUAGCAACAUAAUGAGGAGCCUGGGAUGCUGAACAGUGUAUGGUUUUGGCUGAAUUUGAUUCAUCCUAUUGCCUGGAAUUAGAAGUGAUAAGAAAUAUUGUCUGCAUCAAGUGUCAGAAGAUUAUGAUAGUGAUUAUGGUAGGAAUCUUAAUAGUGACAAGAUAGAUACUGGAAGUUGCCUUCAAUCGGCUCUCUUUGCUACACUAUUAUUAACUUCUCUUGAAAGAAAAAGCCCUGAUUUGAAAGGAACCGACAAAUAUAUAGAAAGCCUACAAAAAUGAAGUCAGUGCUGGCA